GAAGUUUUCAAGAAACCUUCCAUUCCAUUCUCUUUGUCAAAGACGAAAUCAAUUGUCUUCGACAAAUAAAGAGACUAAAAUUACCCAAUAGAAAAUAAAACCAGCGAUCGAUUCUUUAUCUUCUUAUAAACUUUGAUUCGGUAGAUUCUUCCCCAAUCCCACAAUUUGAAUUUGUCAAUUUUGUUAGGUCAAUCGGACAUCAGUAAUCCAGCUAUGUUCAAGUUCUGGGGUUCUCAGGAGCAACAAGGUCAGCCGCGUCCGCAAGAAGCUCCUACGCAAUCUUGGUACCCUCCGUCUGUAGUGAACUCUCCUACUUCGUCGCGUCCUGCUACACCAAGUAGUACUUCUUCUAGUAGUUUUAGCUUACAGCGUCCUCAGAGUCUUUCGCACGGAUCCCCUGGAGAGGCGGCUGGUGUUAUUUCUCAUUUGAAGGAUAAAAGUGUUGAUGACCUACGGAAGCUAUUGUCCGACAAGGAUGCAUACCAUCAUUUUUUACUCUCACUUGAUCAGGUUAAACUGCAAAACAAUAUAAGAGAUGAGCUGCACAAAGAAACUCUACAGUUGGCUAGAGAUAACUUGGAAAAGGAACCACGAAUUAAUGAGCUAAGAAACCAGUGCAGAAUAAUACGUACAACUGAGUUGGCUGCUGCUCAAGAGAAGUUAAAUGAAUUGGAAAGACAGAAAGACGAGAUGUUGAGGUCUUGCUCUCCUGCAUCUCUUCUCCAUAGGCUCCAAGAAGCAAUGAAUAAAACAGAUGAUGAAUCUGAAGCCCUGCACAGACAGCUUCUUGACAGGGAGAUGGAACUGGCAGCAUUCGUGUCCAAGUACAAAAAACUCCGUGCUACCUACCACAGACGAUCACUUAUCCAUCUGGCAGCAAAAACAUCUUCGACUGGGUGAGGACUUGAAUGCAAAGCGUGAAUACUGAAAACAAUAUUGCUUGCUUGUGUACCGAUAUUCUUACUCUUUUAGCUUCCUGUAUCAUAUGAACAUAUUAUUUUAUGGCUUUAGUAUGUGCUUCCAUUUCUCCUUUCGUAUCUACUCCUUAAAGAAUAUGAUGGCAAAUUAUUUGGCCAAAUUGGUGUGUAAAAUCUGCAGCAGAUCUUUUGGCCUUCUCUGCUGGCAAAUGUUCCAUAAUAUAGAGAAACUUUUAAAUCAAA